AGUUUAGUUUAGUUUAGUCUAGUCCGAUACUCGGAGCUGUGAGGAGGAUGUUUGAUCCAAACCAAACUAAACAGUUAAAAACCUACGGAAAAGAUUAUUGUAAAAUCCACAAACAUGAAAAUAUGAAAAUCCAGGAGAAAUUUCAAAUAAAACUAUGUGAUAUAAUUAGCUCCCUUGAAGUAAGCAGAUAUGUUCGAAGGCUUAGUAACCGGCUUCGGCGUAGUUUAGAAAAACAUAAAAAACAUUUAAGAACACAUUUGCCUUCUUGUUUGUGUUUUAAUAAACCUAGUAAACAGAUUGUAGAAAAUGAAAACACAGAUGUAACCAAGUGGUGUACCCUGGCCUACUGGGAGGGGGAGAUGAGAGUAGGCCGACUGUUCCCAGUGACGUCAUCACAUGUACAAUUGUUUACUAUUCUACCCCGGGCUGGACCGGAUACACAGUCCUUGUGUUUACGAAGUAUAGGAGAAAAAGAUAAUCCACAUCCACCAGAUUCAGUCCUCAGAGCCAGGGACAAAAUUGGAUUAGAAAACUAAUAAAAAUAAAAAUAUAAAUAUAAAUGUUUAUAAAAAUAUUUUGGAUCCAUAUUUUUUAAGUAAUAUUGAACUCUUUAUAUUAAUGUAUUGACCAAGAGUUUAUAUUAUAUAAAAGGUGUUUUAUUAUAUUUCAAUCAAAGUAUAUCUUAUUCUUCAUGAGAUGUUUUACAUUUUCUAUUUUAAGCGAAAACUUAACUUUCUUUUAUUUUCAAACAAAUCUUGUGUC